AUGGGACCGGUAACCCGCGGUUUCUUCACCCUGCUCCUGUCUCUCUGCUGGGCUCAGAAGUCAGACCUGGGCGACGAAAGACCAUCCUGUGAUGGCUGUGACCUGCAGAUGUCCUGUAACUGCGCUCAUGGUGGAUUUACUCGUGUGCCCGUGGUCACAGGCCUCGCCAUGACUCUCGAUCUGUCCUUCAACAACAUCAGCGAGGUGACGGAGGACGAUCUGAAGGGUCACAAACAUCUGAGGGCUCUGAAUCUACACGGUAAUACUUCUUGGAUCCUAUAAUAUGAGUUCGGGGUCAUGGUUAAAGAGUAAUAAAUCUGUGGGGACAAAAGUACUUUAUGUAUCUUAAAUGAACUGACUAAAAUGACUAUUCCAGGUUUUAUCUUUGGUGUCAGAUAGUCACAGCUUUUCUGUGUUUGCUGUUGCCUAAAAUCGCCGUAUUUCACGGCAGAUUUCUGAAAAAGUUUCGGUAAAAGUUGCGGCUAAAUUGCUUGGUUCAUUUUUAAUACCGUCCAAAUGUACAAAGAGUUUAAAACAGUGGUUCUCAACCGGUGGGUCCUGACCCAAAAGUUGGUCGCGGACACGUUCUGGAUGGGUCAAAAAAGUCAAUAUUGAACUCGCAAUCUGAUGUUCUGUACAAGCAACUUCGGUAGUUGUCGUCCUCAGGUCAUGCGCUCUGAAAUGCACUGUACUCUAUAAAAACAGUGUAUGUUAAAGAUUUGAGUCUUUAAAGGUUUUUUUUAUAAGAAAGAAAUUUGCUUGGGUUGAAUUUUAUAAAAGUGGGUCACAACUUAAGGACUAAUGGAAAAUGAGGAUCCCAGAGUGAGACCAGUUGAGAACCACCGGUUUAAAACGACUUCACUCCAUCUUUACUGUUCUUCUGAUAAAGUUUAGGACGAGAACCUGUCUCUGCAAACACAUUCAGAAGACAACCUGAAUGUUCUCCUCCAUUUAUGAAACCAAACAGACCCACAGGAACUAUGAUUUGAGUACUGAGGAAGUGAGCUGGGUGUGUAACGCGCCGAUGCCCGAAGGGCUUUGACACGAACACAAAGGCCUCAUUUAUCAAGUUUGUGGAAAAGUCGAACAAAAGGUUCAAAGUUGUGCGGCUGCCGAGAAAAAUGCAGAAAUAAAUUCACUGGUUCCUGAAAUUGCUCCUCGUCUCUUGAAUAUCAAAGAUUAAUGGUGGGGUAGGCAGGAUUCCGUUAAAGAAGCAUCUGUUUUUGUGGUACCACAACACCUAAUAGAUCAGGUGUGGUGGUACCGUCAAUGUGCGGUUAUACUCAUGUAUUAUCUCCACCCCCUAGGAAACAGAAUAGCCAUGAUCCACCCGUCAGCGUUUGACCCUCUUUGGAGCCUGGAGAACCUCGACCUGUCAAACAACCAGCUCGACGCUCUCAACGACAAAUGGUUCAGGAAGCUUAAGGCUCUGGAGCGACUCAACCUGCUCAACAACCCGUACAGGUAAACCGGUUCAAUGACGUUAAACUGCCCCGCUAAAUAAAACCCAUCAUCAUCUCUGACUUCCUCUCCUGCAGAUGUCUGGGUUCUCCAUUGUUCCAGAAUUUAGUCCGACUGAGAGGACUCCAGUUUGGAGGUCCUGCUCUGGAGGAGCUAAAGAGAGCGGAUAUGUCGGGGGUCACAGAGCUUGAGGAGCUCAAGCUGAGUGCCAACAACAUGAAGAGGUGGGUGACGGACUUUUGGAAAAACAUCAGAAAGAAAAGGAAAUGCAAACCCUGAGAUUAUAACCAAAGUUUAGACAACAGCACCUCUUAGUGGUCCUCUCAAGUCAAGUCAUACUGUUGAAAGUUUUUAAACCUUUAGGGGAACAACAGAAGAGGAUGUGGGCCACUCGAAAAAAAAAAAGAAGAAAGAUCCGAUAUAUUUUUUUCUAUUAUUCUGAGAAAAAAGGCAGAGUUCUGACUUCAGUAAAAUCUUUACUGUGAAACCUUAAAAUAAGAUAUUAAAUUCAAUAUUAUUAACUGGAAUUAAAACAAAAGUACUUGUUGUAAUUCUGUCCAAUCAACAGUUAAAUACUGAAACCUACCAAAUUAAGAGAACAGAAAGAAUUGAAUUUCCAAUCAAAAGUCAAAAACCUAAAAGUUUGUAAAUUUUGUGUGAUCUCUUGAAAGGAUGGUCAAAAGGACUGUCUCGCUCACCUAUCCACCUGGUUCUUGGGUUCAGACUUUAACCCUAGAACACUAUCGCUGGGUGAUUUUCACCCGACCAAACAUGUUUACAUGAUCCUCAUGAUGUUGCGUUUGUCUAAGUAUCAUGGGUCUCUGGGUAUCUUUCCUUUGACAUCUUUGAAGACAGAUUUGUCUCCCUGAUCCUAAACCUGCUUUUUCCUACAGACUCGUGUUCACAGGGUGAUUUUGGUGAUAGAGGGUGAAGUAGGUUUGGGUGGAUUUGAUAGCUGCAUGUAGGGAAUAAGGUCAGUAAGAGCAGUCCUGGAGUUUGCAUGAUAUCUUUAUUUAGCGCAGUGGUUAUGAAAAACCAUCACAAAGAUUUCCAAGGGAAUUCUUAAGGUGAUAAGAAAUAUUUGAGUCAGCUCGUCAUUUUUACUCGAAAUCUGCCAUAUUUUGGUUCUCUCUCCUGCAGCUGUUAUUGUGCCGAGGACCCUGAGUCUGAACCAGGUAAGGCUGACAUGGUCCCCUCAUGGCACUUUUUCCCCCUUCCUUUAGACAUUGCACAGUUAAAAAUAAAACUACUUUAAUUUGUCGUGUAUUGUCCUAUUUUGAUAUAUUUUGAUGACAAGUCCUUUUUCUUGGGUUUAUUAUUUCGAGUAAAAAUCACCGGCGAUAGCGAUGGUUUUACUCAUUUUAGCGAUAGUGUUCCAGGGUUAAUCAGUCCAUCUGCCGUCGUCUUCUCUCUUUUGCAGGUACGAGUCUGGAGCCCUGGCAGACAUAUGGCCUCUCGGUCGUGUAACUUUGAGUCUCCACGGUCCAUCCCUAACAGACAGUGCUUUAGCCGCCGCUGUGCUUGCUGAUGUUUCGUAUCCAGAAACACCGCUUGUUCUAGAGGACCUUCAAAUAACCGACAAAGAGUCUCUGCAGCCUUUGAAAGAGGCAGCUAAAAGGAGAAUCAGGUCGGUACUCACUCCUCAUCCACUGGGUAGACUUUUUGAAGCCCUCAUGAAGCUCUUCCAGAAGAUUCUAGCUGUCUCUGAAAAACAAUCAGCUGCUAUUUUUUCAGGCGUUUUACUUUUCGAAAUGUCACGACAUCGGACGAGGCCAUCACUAACUUCCUAAUGAUCAUGGAUGGCGUACCACUCACCUCCCUUUCAGUAGAGGACAGCACACUGGUGGGUGUGGGGAGGUAAGACAAGCUCAUGAUCGUCAAACCCUUUGCUUACAUCCAGACUCUUCUGACGUGUCUCUUUUGCAGAUCUUCACGCUGUUUUGCUAAGGUUCAGAAGUCCAUCACUAGACCUGCACAUCAGCAUGUUGUUGUUGUUUCUCUGUCUCUGUCAGAUGGGAGCAAGCCAGGAAGACAGAUCACAGAGCUGUCGAUGAGUUCUUCCUACGAAACAUGAAGGUCCUGAAUGUCUAUCAGUUUGUCGCAUUCCUGCAGCUCUUGUUUUUGCUGCAAUACCCCAGAAAGGUGUCAGUCAUAAACGCUCAGGUGAGAGCUGAGAUUUGAUGUGGAAGAAGACACUGUGUCAGUUCUUUAACAGCAAGAGACAGCUAACGUUUCCCUUUAGGUGUUUGUCACGCCCUGUAUUACGUCCCACCUGCUGAAGAAUCUGCAGUACUUUGACCUGUCUGACAACCUGCUGACUGAUCUGACUCUGAGGGAGUCCCUGUGCCAGGGAGAUGGCACACUGAAGCACCUACGAGUUUUGAACGUCAGUGGAAAUGCUUUGAAGGUAUUUCGUUUAUUUUCCAGUUCCUUGCUUUGCCAGUAACCCCAUCACCGAGGGGUUAUCGCUGUAUCGCACCGGACCUGGUACUCACAAAACUUCCUGGGGUUCAGGAACAUGCUACCUCACUUGAACACAUGUCCAACUGUGUCCCUCUGCUGUCCAGUCUCUGUCCACAGUGAGCCAUUUAGUAGAGAAGCUUUCCAAACUGACCCACCUGGACAUCAGCAGGAACGCAUACAGCUCCAUGCCCCAGCAUUGCUCCUGGCCCCACACCCUAAGAUACCUCAACAUCUCCGGGGCUAAACUUUCAACAGUCACCCAAUGUCUACCCAAAACUCUGGAGGUACUGAGAGAAGAACAUAAUCCAGUUAUCCUGACAGACCAGACUCUCUAAACGUUCACCUCUCACUUCAACAAAUACAGGUGUUGGAUCUGAGCAACAACAAUCUCAAAAGCUUCCUCCUGUUCUUGCCUGCCCUGAGAGAGCUCUACCUCUCUGGAAACAGGUUUCUUCGUCUCCCUCCUGGAUGGCUGUUCCCCAAUCUGCAAACACUGACCCUGCAGGUAAUGAACAACCACAUCUUGAAUUUCUUCUUUCCAAGUCUCCUGUCUUCCACCGACUGCGACUACCUUCCUUCUCCUUCUUCCACAGUCGAACACCUUAAAGAGGUUUAACCAUUCAGACCUCCAGUCUUACGAAAGACUCCAGAGCCUCCAGGCGGGUCAAAACAAGUUUGACUGCUCCUGCGACUUUGUCAAUUUCCUCCAGUCGGUCUUUGAAGGAGACGGAGAUGUUCAGUUAACAGACAGAGAGGACAGCUAUGUCUGUGACUCUCCUCUUUACCUCCAGGGGGAAGUGGUUAGUCAGGUCAGUCUCUCCUUGUAUGAGUGCCAUCGGGUGUUGUGUGUGUCUGUGAUCUGUGGAGUGGUGCUGUGUGUUUCCACUCUGGUGUGUGUCCUGCUCUGGCGUCUACACGCAAUCUGGUACCUGAAGAUGACCUGGGCGUGGCUUAAGGCCAAGCGUAUUUCCCGGAAACGGCAAAAAAGAGAUCGAGAGGGCACAGAGGCGCUGCUGUCCUACGACGCUUUUGUGUCCUACAGUGAGAGCGACGCUUGCUGGGUGGAAAACUUGCUGGUGCCUGAACUGGAGAGGACAAGGUAACGUCAGGACCUACACCUCUAGAUAUUUGACUUGAAACCAUAGUAACUUGUUUUCUUGUUUUCAAAGAGAGAGCAGUGAGGACUCCAUGAACGCCGUUAGUCCCAGACCUUUGACCCUUUGCCUCCACAAACGAGACUUUCUUCCUGGACAUUGGAUUAUGGACAACAUCAUGAGCGCCAUCGAGAGCAGUCGGCGGACCAUCUUCAUCCUGUCGAAGAACUUUGUCCAGUCUGACUGGUGCCGCUACGAGCUGGACUUCUCCCAUUUCUGGCUCUUUGAUGGAAACGCAGGCGGAGAGGCGGCCAUCUUGAUCCUGUUGGAACCGCUGCCCAAGGACAACAUCCCAAAACGCUUCUACAAACUGCACAAGCUUAUGAGCUCCACUACCUACCUGGAAUGGCCUCAGGAGGAGGAAAAGUAUGGGGAGUUCUGGGAGAGUCUGCACAAAGCUUUGAGAAUCGAAGAAGACGACUGA